GAGAGGAACGUCCUCAUCUUUGAUCUUGGUGGCGGCACCUUCGAUGUAUCCAUCCUGACCAUAGAGGAUGGUAUUUUCGAGGUCAAAUCCACAGCAGGAGACACUCAUCUUGGUGGGGAAGACUUUGACAACCGCAUGGUAAACCAUUUCAUCACAGAAUUCAAACGCAAGUUCAAGAAAGACAUCAGUGACAACAAGAGGGCUGUUCGUCGUCUGCGUACUGCCUGUGAGAGGGCCAAGCGCACACUGUCCUCUAGCACUCAGGCCAGCAUCGAAAUCGACUCCCUGUACGAGGGAGUUGACUUCUACACAUCCAUCACCAGGGCUCGGUUUGAAGAGCUCAAUGCUGAUCUCUUCCGUGGCACCU